AUGGUGCCUGAGCAGCCUCCAGUGAUCAGUCUGUCCCAGAGAGAGAGGGUGAUCCUGAGGAGAGGAGAGCAGUUUGAGAUCACCUGCAGCUCCUCCAACCUCAACCCUGACUUCAGCAUUAAGUGGGACUUCCCUGUUGGAGCGCGUGCCUUCCAGGCCCACACCUCCCACAUCCUGGCUGGUUCCCGUGGUUACCAACGCUCCACCUCCCUCUGGAUCACCUCUGUCAACCAAUCAGACGCCGGGACAUACCGAUGCCACGCCCACAACGAGAGGGGCGCCACCGCCGAUACCCUGCACCUGGAUGUCCGUGAGCGAGGCUUCAUCAGUAUGCUGGGUGACUCCCGGCCUAGCCAGUCUGCUGUCAGAGAAGGGGAGAGCCUAAGCCUCAGGGUAGAGUUUGAGUCUUACCCCAGACCAGGCACUCUGUCCUGGGCUUACAACGGCAAGACCCUCCACAACACCACGGAGCACGUCAUCACUGCCCAACGACACCGAUACAGGUGGCGUCGUUCUGAUGCGACAAUGCGUUGCCAGUUGCAGACGGCCGUCGUAAGACAAUGGCAAGAGGACUGA